AAAUAUCGUAUGUUUUAAGCACACGUUUUGUUUUUCAGAUUAUAGAAAAUGACCUACCUGGUGAGUUUUGCUUUGGUACUUUUGGUUGUCAUGACGACAGGGACAUUUGGUGUACACAUCCAUAUAGAUUACCGGAACUUUGAAGCGUUGACAUGUUACACGUGCCCGAUGAAGAAGGAUAACGAACAAUGCAACAAUUGGGCGCCUAACAUACCAUGUCCAUUCAGACACACGGUAUGCAUGACUGUGCAUCGUAUAAACGAUAGAACCGGCGAAAGUAUACAAGUCGACAAAAUGUGUGCCAUGCCAGACCAGUGCAGCAAUGAUCACGUAGGUUGCAAGGCAACAGGUUUAGAAGGAGAAAUCGAAUGUAUCUCGUGCUGCACAAGAUCUUACUGCAAUGUCGCCGUACCAUACAACGUCACCACGUCACAGACACUGUCCGCUUCAUUGAUUCGUUCAACUGCAAGUCACGUGACAAAAGUGGGCUGGCUUAAUAUUACAGUUACGUUUGCCAUCUUGAUAAUUUUAAGAAUUGUAUGA